CCGGUUCCCGGACUCUCUACAGCUGCCUACCGCGAAGGAGCAGCGACCCGCCAACACUCUCCGGUCAGCUGGGGAACUAAUUAAACAACCGGGAAGACUGCACCACCAGGCGGGUCGCCAGAGUCGUCCAUUUGAACAGAUCAGCAGGACUAAACUCUUUCGCACUUGAAUGGAAGCGGACGGUUUCGUGUCCCGGCGAACGUCCGUGGAAACACCGGGCGUCGACAGCCGGGUCUCAGGCGCUGCAGCCGGGACAGAGUUUCGAUGGCUGGGCGGCAGGCUCCUGGAAGCCACGGGAGGAUUUGUUGGGUCUUUUUCACCGAGAAUGGCAGGGGAGCCGGACUUUUCCGCGAUGUUGCAUCGAGCAACUCCGGAGACCUCGACCUCCGUGGAGCCAGAAAUAGACUAUGAAGGGCUGCCUCAGGGAGCAGCCACCAGCACUCACAUGCUGGCAGGAGCCGUGGCUGGAAUCAUGGAGCACUGCCUUAUGUACCCAAUCGACUGUGUCAAGACCCGCAUGCAGAGCCUGCACCCCGAGCCGGGAGCACGCUACAGGAACGUGAUGGAUGCCUUGCGGCAGAUUGUGCGGACUGAAGGCGUGUGGCGGCCAAUCCGAGGUGUGAAUGUGCUGGCGGUGGGGGCGGGGCCUGCCCAUGCGCUCUACUUUGCCUGUUACGAAAAGAUCAAGUUUUCACUCAGUGACGCCAUUCAUCCUGGGGCCAACAGCCACUUUGCAAAUGGCUUGGCGGGCUGCAUGGCCACAGUGCUGCACGACGCCACCAUGAACCCAGCUGAAGUUGUGAAACAGAGAAUGCAGAUGUUCAACUCUCCUUACCGUGGUGUGAUUGACUGUGUGAGGUCUUUGUGGAGGACCGACGGCCCUGCUGCUUUCUACCGCAGCUACACCACCCAGCUGACCAUGAACGUGCCCUUCCAGGCGCUCCAUUUCAUAACCUAUGAGUACCUCCAGGAGCUCCUCAACCCCCACAGACAGUACAACCCCUCCUCUCACGUUGUAUCAGGGGCGCUGGCUGGAGCCCUGGCCGCCGCUGCCACCACUCCGCUUGACGUCUGCAAGACCCUCCUGAACACACAGGAGGCUCAGGCCAUACAUGUCAUCCAGGCUGAGGCUGCAACAGCAGCCGGAGCGGUUGGAGCAGCCACUGCCGCGGCCUCUGGCAGCCGCCACAUCACUGGUCUUGGCGAGGCUUUUCGGACGGUGUACAGGAUGGGAGGCAUGCCGGCCUUCUUCAAAGGCGUUCAAGCUCGGGUCAUCUACCAGAUGCCCUCCACAGCCAUCAGCUGGUCCGUCUACGAGUUCUUCAAAUACAUCAUCACCAAGCGCCAGCAUGAGAGACGGCUGCGUGGAGAUCGUGACAGCGACAAGUGAACACCUGGCGGUAGCACUGGGUAUCGACACACAGGUUUAUCACACCGUUAAGAUCAUGGUUAUCAGUAUUGGUCACAAAACAUCUAAAGGUUUGAAAAGCUCCAGAAUUUUUAGAUUCAUUGAGCAAAGUUUUAUUUUGUUUACUGAGAUCUAUUAAUUGCGGUCUGAUCUAGUUCAUAGCAGGUGAGGGAACAUACAACUGUUAGGCGACAGCUUGUCUUGAAUACUUCAUUAUUAUAUGUGGGGUUGACAAAGUGUCCAUCAGUAAUCAGGGAAGAACAUGGCCUUGAAAUGGCUGAAAGGAAGUUCCAGCUCCCUAAAUUCUGAUGCUUUAACUCAUUUUCAUUUUAGUGUUUAACUUGACAGACCCCCUGGUUCUGAAAUUGGCUUUCAAAAAGCUUAUUAUUUAUGGAGGGUAACGCACACUAAAAGCAAUGUUGAACUUUGCUGUUUGAACAAGGAAAUGCUUACUUCCCAUCAGCUACCUUCAGUACAGUUUGAUGCAAUAAGACAGCUUUGUUUUAGCUCCGAACUCAAGUACAUCGGAUCAAAACAACAAGACUGACUCUGGUAUUAAAGUGCUGACUUUGAGCUUUAAUUCGAGGGUGUUUACAUUCACUUACAAUGAGCUGUGUAGAAAUUGUAGCAUAUUUUUUAAACAUACCCCCCAAAAAGAUAAAAAGGGCUAGAAAUCCUAUGCUAAUGGGGGAAAGUCAGCACUUAAACCUAAUGCUUACAAUCCAGUGUGUUUGAGUACGGAGCCAAAACAAAUCCCUGAGCAUGUUCCUCAGAACUGCAUCAUAAACUGUGUUAAUUACCCUCUCUUAACAGCAAAUGCUGCUCUACUGGAAAGUAUUACCACAAUAUUACCUUCUGACCACAUGAGGGCGCACAGCUCAACCUCUACACAAUGGAGAAACAACUGGAGGUUACAGAAUCAGCAAGAUCAAAUUAGUUUUAUAAUGCUUGUGCUGGUGUACAGUAACGCUCCACUCAGAGGAAUGAACAGAAACAUAUUAUAGACAGUUUAUUUUAAAUGAAACAAGAAUUUACAUGAAAUUCAGAAUUAGUUUUUGAUUGAAGAUACUCGAGUAUUCGACACUUGAGUGGAGCAGAUGUAUGAGUGAGUGUAUGUGUGUGCAUGUGUGUGUGUUACAGUGACUGGAUGAGUGAACAUGGGGUGGACUGGAUCAGUUUCAUAAAGCUCAGUGGUGACUGACCAGAUUUGAUCUAAAAAAAAAAAAGUCCUGUCACGGUAACUACUUUUAUUGGGUGAUAUCUUGUUCCUAAAUUGUGAUAAACCAUAUUUUUGUCCUGGAAAGUUGGAAAGUUUAAAAAAUAUUAAACAUAUUUUGAAAGGAUUCUCAAACUUUGUGAUUUUGGGCUACUCAAGAAACUAUGAUUUAUAUAGAUGUUUCUUUAUACAAGUAGCCCAAAAUCACAAAGUUUGAGACUUAAUACAAAAUUUGACCAACAAAAACAAAACCAAGUGAUGCCUGUUGCGACUAACGAAGACAGCAGUUACCUCCAGAAUCCAGCCAGUGUGCUGCAGUCAGCUCCCAGGGAUGGACACUGGGUGGUUUGCUGGUGGAUUUACAGAGUGGAGGAUGAAGUUGUAAGGGGUAAAAGUACGAAUGACAGACUUCAUGGCUCGUUGCUAGGGCUUGGCAAGCUGAUAACUAUCAGGACUGUGCCUCUUCCCCAGGAAAAGUGCAGCUGCUGGUUAUUAGUAAGCUAAACUGCGUCAUCUUUGAAGUGUUUUUAUUUUUUAGUCCCUUCAGGACUCGUAACAGUUAAUGCAAAUUCAGCAAAUCCCCAUGAAGGCUGCGUGGCCCUGCAAUGUUUUCCAACCUCUGCAACUUAAACCGCAAAUGUGACUAUUUAAAAUGGGUAAAAUCUAAUUUCAUCGUAGGGCUGCAUGCAGUGUAUUGAUUCACUCAGCCCCUCUCUUCCUCCUUCAACAAUAUGAGACUGCUGCUGCAGGACUGGGGCUCUGUGCCUGGGAGGACAGAGUCACACACAGUGACACGGCUAACUGUUAGCAUCACAUAACGUAACCCAGUGCUUAAUAGAUUUAACAACAGAGUCGAGCCGUUUCGGUGUUAGCAUUAGAUUAACGGCUUGGUAUCAGAUGUUGAACGCUGCCGGGCUUCUGCCUUAGCAUCAAAAUAUUACGAGUUGGGAUGAGAUCACGCUGUGCUGUGUUAGCUCGUGCUCACCGGGCAGAGAGCAGAAGGAAAGUGGCUCACAGAGACAGCUCUUCAGCGCUGAGUCGAGCAGCUGAUCGGUGGCGAUCAGCUGUGAAUGCGAUUUUCACUUAUCCCUGCGUUUUCAUCACACAAAAAAAACGCCUAUAAACAUUGCAACAUGUAUCGCAGUGUUUUAGAAAAGCUGCUGUGAAAUCAGUCAUCUCAGGUUGCAACAAUCCCCAAAAAAACCUGCAACAUUCUGGAGGAACUGAUUUGUCUUCGGACUCACUCAAGUAGGUGACGGUGUAGAGAAGAAAAAAGGGCGAACCGCUGCAUCAUGUCUUUUAAUUGUUAAGAAAACCCUUCUGUUUAUUCUGGCAUCAUUUUGGAUCGAUAUCACAGUCAGCAAACAAUCAUGGUCACGUCCAUAUAUCACACAAUAACGUUAUUAUCGUGACAGGCUUAAUCUCGUCACAGCCUAACUGAGCUGUCCACUUUGUGUUGUCCUUCAAAGUAACAUGCAGUCACAUAAAAUAAAAGUGGGUCAAAAUAAUAAUUUUCUCUGGUUAGCAUCAGACUAUGGUAACAUUUCUCUAAAGGACAAUAUGAAACUAGUUAUUGCAUUAACAGCUCCAUGUUGUCACUUUAGUAAUUUAGCACCAGGUGCUUUCAAAUCCACGCACAUCUACAGAUUGUCUCUGGGUGGAGCCAUUAGGGCGCUGCGCACAUCACUGAUAGGCUUGUAGACUCAUGCUGGUACAUUUGAAAUUAGGUUUUUGUUGUAAAGCAACAUAUUCAUCACAUGGAUGUCCUCGGUUAACAAAAUAUUAACACUCCUACAAACUGGAAAUUUUCAUUUCAUCCAGGAAAGAGUUUAUAAACUGAGGAUUUCGUGCAUAUGUGGUGUUUUUGAACAAGAAUCUUUUUCAACAGACUUAACAAAGGCCGCGUGAGUAUUUACCUUCGACAAUCACUUUUAUGUUUAGUUUUAUUUUGUGUUUUUUAAAUGCACAGCAUCCUAGCACUUAUAGCAACCUCUUUAUCACUCAUAGGAGCAAAUAAGUUAUUCAUUAAAACAAGUACACAGAAUAAAUUAACAUUACUUGUACACAUGCCUUCAGUUAGCCGCCAUACAUUCAACGCACAACUACUACAAACAGAUCCUCAGAUAGACAUGUAAUAUUGAAGCCAUAAAAGAGGGUUAAAUUGUACAUAUUAUAUAUAUGAAUAAAUAUGGACAAAUAUAGAUGAACCCAAACUCUAACCAGCUAAGUUUUGAAGCUAACCUGUAUGUUGAAUUAUACAAAAAUGAAGACUACGCUGUAAAAAAAAAUCAGGUAUUUGAAGGCGGCCUAUGAAACCCUCCCCUGGAAGGUUGCACAUAAGGAAAACCUGGAUUAUUUCAAAUUCAGACAGACCAUAUGAGAGUGGAAAAAACUGAGUGGGUAAAGAGUAUUUAAAAAAUGAUUGUAGGAGUGUUGCUCAUGUGAAGCCAAGUUUCAAGAUUGGGAAACCAAAGACAGAGCAAUAGAGGGAGGAACAGGAGAGGAACUUGUGGUUUGUCAGAUGACGGCACUAAUGUGAAAUGCUUGAACACUGUUUGAGAGCGACACCUGUAUUUUGUGAAUUGUAAAUAAACUCGCUAAGGCAGCUCCUCGCAGAAGCAGGGUCUUCUCUUGGUGCUGGCUCUCAAAGCGCUGAGAGAACUGAA